AUGGACGAAAAUGUUAAUUGCAACACUAUACGAAAGCGUAAAUCCAGAGAAAAUAAAACACUUGGAGACCAUGAGGCAUGCCUUACCAAACAGCGUGAAAGAUACCACCAAAAAAAAGCAACAGAAACUACUGAACAGAGAGAUAUGCGCGGAUACAUGACCAAAAUCGAAUCGAAUCUUGAGGCUAAAACAGUUGCAGCAAAAGCUGCAGCAAGAUCAAGCCAUAAGACAACAACAGCUGCAGUAGGACCAUAUAAGACCACAGCAGGACUAAACCAUAAAACAACAGCCACAGCAGGAUCAUAUGAGAAUGCAGCAGAAUAG